AUGGCGAAAUAUCUCAGAAAUAACAGUAGUAAUCGCAACCAAUUCCAGCAGCUCAUCAACAAGGCCUCCCAGACUAGUGUCCUUGCAAGCUGUUACAGUCUGACUGAGUCGACCUCAGCAGUCAAGGGCUUCCAUUAUUGCACUACGACGGGGACCGGAUCACAGUGGUAUCCCUGA